GGACGGCCGAGGGAGAGCUGCUGUAACAUGGAAGCGCCACGCUUGAGACGAUGGGCUUUGGAGCUGAAUCUAUUUAUUUUUAUAAAUGUUUCCUUUAAUAUUAAUUCAGGUUGUUUUGACUAAAGAGUAGCAACAAAUGUAACAUCCAAGACCUGCAUGCAUUUAAUCACAGAUAUGGAAAUGGCUUAUAGCUUUCUUUCUGUUUUAUUUUUUGAAGCGUGACUUUUAUGCUAUCUUUAAUACGCUUGGAAUAUCUUCUGUUAAAACUAUGGGAUUAGAAUGCUACAUCGUCUCCCCUCCCCCCAAGUAAAUUCCAUAAUUUUAUACAUGCGUUGAAAAUGUACCUUCUUGUAUCGUUUUGAAUUUCCCACCGUUCUUCACUGUUGGAUGGCUGUGAAUUGUAGUAUUCAGUGAAGGAGAAAAACUUCUCUUUUCUCUGCACUAUACAGAUAAUGUAUCUUGCACCUCUUCUUUUUAAUACGCUGUAUUUAUGUAGUCCACGGUCAUAGGUGUUCGUGCUAAUCCAGACUGAGGGGUGGGGUGGGGCUAGGAUGUCUGCUGUCGCUAAAAAUACAAAUGAACACUUUUGUUUUGUUCGUAGGUGACGCAAAAAGGCUCUGGAAGCACAUGGAAAAAAAUAAAGUAGACAGUAUAUUUGAGUGUAUGCACAAGGCACUGUUGUCUUUGAAGCAGAAGAUCAAGGAUGGAACUGCAACAAAUGAAGAAUGCAAUCAAGCUUUGGCACUUGUGAAUCAGUUGGGUAUGACUGACCUUUUACCUCUGGCACAUGAAGAUACGCAGAUAUGCAAUCUGGAUUUACCUCUGUCUGCUCCAAGUGAAACUACAGAAGAUGCUGGAGAUGACUGUUCUUUCAGACUAGAGAUUAAUGAAGGAAUGUAUUUAAGGAGUGAAGGAGAAUCUGCAGAGACGUCUUCCAAGUUCUACCAGGAUCAUAUCUGCUCUAAGGAAUGUCUUUCCAAACGGCCAUGGAAUUCGUACAAUGGGGAAAACCCCCUGAAGCUGCCGAUGCUCUGUCACUUCCAGAGAUUGCAUGCCAGGGCAGACUCUGGCUCAAAAUCACAUGAUGUGAUAUACAAAACUCCCUGUGGAAAGAACCUGAGAAAUAUCAAAGACGUUCAGACUUACUUAUUUCAAACAGAAUUCAGCUUUUUAUUUUUAGAUCACUUUUCUUUCAAUACCCAUGUGCAGGUGUUCAGAAGCAGUCCUAGUUCCCAGGCGUUUGUCUUUGAUUCUGAUAUCAGCCAAGGGGCAGAGAAUGUACCAGUGUCAUUCUGUAAUGACAUCAACCACGAUCGACUGCCUUCCUUUAAAUACCGGAAGACCUCUUGGCCCCAUGGAUACUUCCUGAACAACUUCUCCAGCAAUUUUCUUGACUGCUGUAGCUGCACCGAUGGCUGCAUGGACAGGACAAAAUGUGCAUGCCUGCUUCUUACUAAAAGAACCUUCCUGAAAGCUGCUCUGCCUCCAAGGAGAGGACCAACUCAUGGUUAUAAUUAUAAAAGGCUGGAGGAACCUAUUUCCAGUGGAAUUUAUGAAUGCAGCCUGCUCUGCGGCUGCGACAAGAACAUGUGCCAGAACAGGUUAGUGCAGCACGGCCUUCAAGUUCGCUUACAAGUCUUCAACACAGAAAAGAAGGGCUGGGGAGUGCGCUGCCUCGACGACCUUGACAAGGGAACGUUUGUCUGCACAUAUGCAGGGAGAUUGAUGACCAAAGAUGAAUCUUGCCAGGUUAAAAAUAGUGGUGAAACUGAAGAAGAAGAUACCAAGAAUAGCAGCCAGACCUUAUCUUCAAGAAAGAGAAAACUGGGUACAGUCUGUUCUGAUUCAGAGAAGGAACUUAUGCAGGACACUGGGAGACAACAAUCCUUAUACCCGAAUCCUGAAAGUCAACCAAAUAGAAUUCAGAACUUCAGCUUUUACAAGAAUUGGAAUACGCAAGCUAUUGCAAGACCUAAAACUAAAACAUCCAUUCUUCAAAGACGCCGGCGAGAACUAGGAAUUACUGAUGCCAGCUCUGAUGAAGAUGAGAGUUCUUUGUGUCAGAUGUCAGGAACAAGAAUAACUCCUGCAUCCAAAAAAGGAGAUGAACAAUCAAGCCUGCAAGGACAACUGGGGGAACUAGUGAACACCAUACAAUCCGAAGCUAAUACUGACUGCCAUAAAGAGAAUCUUUGUUCCAAUGCUACGUUGAAAAGUAAACCACCUGUGCAAGAUGACAGAAGGAUUAAAAAGCAACACAAGGACCUACUUUGGUCAGACAAUACAAAAAAGGGAAAAAUUCAGACAGACAGACAAGAACUUGGGUGUAUUAAGGAGGCAGCAGAAAUUGAGACAUGCCCGAAGAAUAAAGAAAAUCCUUGUUUGCUGGAUGCCACAAGAGAAGGCAAUGUAGGCAGGUUUCUUAAUCACAGCUGCUCCCCUAAUCUCUUUGUACAAAGUGUAUUUGUAGAGACUCACAACCGAAAUUUCCCCUGGGUGGCAUUCUUCACAAAGAGGCAUGUAAAAGCUGGAACUGAACUUACAUGGGAUUAUGGUUAUAAAGCUGGAAGUAUGCCUGAGACAGAGACUACCUGCCAGUGUGGGAGUCUUAAGUGUCAGAAAAAAAUCCUGUAGAGUUUUUUUGCAUUUAUUAGUAGAGCCUGGUGAAAUGGGCAGCAUGCAAAUAACAUAAAAUUAAAAAAAAAAAAAGAUUGGGACACACAACCUUUUUGGAUCAAGGCACAGGUGCAUCUUAGUGUUACUUGGAAAAUGAAGCCAAGGGUGGGCCACAAGCUAGAUCAAGGAGAAAGAAGCCUGAGAAAGUAAGUACAGUAUGCAUUUAGUAGUUUUAUACCUGCCUUUCCCUCCAAAAUGAUACUCAAGGUAGUUAAGCAAUUUCUUAAUCUUUUGAUUUAUCAGGAACACCUCUGUCCAAUCUGCAUUAAGUAUCAGUGAAAGCAUCUCAUUGCACUGCAGGGUUGACUUCAGUCACUGCUUUGAGUUUUGAACAGCUUCCUUGGAUUUCAGCCUUCAGGGAUUUGAGAUACAGUUGCAGAGAUAUUUUUUGGAACUCAAGUUUACCAACCAAAAAAGAAUUGGUAAAUCAGGUACACUAGUUUGUCAAGGUCAGGUCUUUCUAAGAUCUGCUGCUGAGAAUCUCCAGUAUACUGUAUACUGAGUCAGAUAGACCUAGCACAGUAAAAGGCAGCUUCCUAACAACUGUGGGUUGUUGCUUUUUUAGUAAGUCAUUGGACAUUUUAUGAAAAGGUGAUGCUAAUAAAAAUAUCCAAUAGGGUAGCUAUACAAAAGAUUGACAGGUGUGUUAUAGCAGUACAUACAUGUAUAUUAUAAUCACAUCCUAUACUACAGCUUUGCCCUUUCCACCCAGAUUCCUGUGGACCCUCAUAAGCAAGAAGAGCACACUUGGCCUUGGAGUGGUAUGCCAAGUGUUGCAUUCCAAAAAUUAAGGAAAGGUUAGGACAAAAAACUGGUUGUACGACAAAAGCUGAAAUUUAUUCAUUGUAUUUAAUUAACUAUAUGUAAUGGGAUAUUAUUUUAAUAUGACUCCUCAGUCUGUAUUUAAUAACGUUCUCUGUUGUAUAUUAAAGCUUACAAUUCAGUACCA